CCCAAAUUAGCUUGAAACUAAACAACAAGGAUACUUAUCGUUCGAUGUGUGGAACUGAACUGAGGACACAAAUUAAGGCUCAUUCUAGGAUUAACAUCACUAUUGGGCCGUAGAGUGCGGAAGUGAAUAGUGAAAAGAGUUGCAAUAAAGGCGAGUUUUGAAAUGACGAUAUUGGGCUUAGUGCGCAAAAUCCGGAGAUGUAUACGCUCUCAUAUUUACCGCAUCGUUAUGUUCACCUCUAUCGCAUGGACUAUAAUUAACUUUAUGCUAAUUGCCUAUUUGACUUGCAUAGGCAAGGAUGGCUGGCGUUGGAAACAAACCCAUGACUAUGAUGUGGAGAUGUCAAAUGUUAUUGAACGCCCAUUGCAGAGAUUGGUAGACGGUAAUACUGUUAACGACCAUGUCGUGGGUCGAAGCUUUGUGUUCGGCGGUAUUUCCAUGACCUAUCCUAGCAAAGCUCUAAAAAAAUGGAUCGAGGCGCCAACGGUUGUUGAGUCUAUGGGCAAGCCUGGGGAGAUGGGAAGGCCUGUUAGGAUUUCCUCGGACCUAAAAGUACCCAUGAAGCUGAAAUUCAAGGAAAACGUUUUUAAUCUGUUGGCCAGUGAUAUGAUCUCACUGACACGUUCGCUGCCAGACCCGCGAAGUAGGUGUUGUCGUCGUGUCCGCUAUCCUUCAAAGCUGCCCACCACCUCAAUUGUGAUAGUAUUCCACAAUGAAGCAUGGACUACUUUGUUGCGCACCAUCUGGAGUGCCAUUAAUCGCUCGCCGCGUUCACUGCUUAAAGAGAUAUUGCUGGUGGAUGAUGGCAGCGACCGAGAAUUCCUGGGCCAGCAGUUAGAUGAAUAUGUGGCAAAUCUAUCUGUUCCCACCAUUGUGGUGCGUACAGAGAAGCGUUCGGGUCUGAUACGGUCCCGUCUGCUGGGCGCCAAGGCAGCCAGCGGUGAGGUGCUCACCUUUCUGGACGCACAUUGCGAGUGUACUGAGGGCUGGCUGGAGCCUUUGCUGUCCCGCAUUGUGCAGAAUCGGCAUACUGUCGCCUGUCCCACUAUUGAUAUCAUAUCGGACGAAACAUUUGAGUACAAACAAGUAUCGGAAUCGACUUGGGGCGGAUUCAAUUGGAGACUUAAUUUCGAGUGGUAUAAGGUCCCGAAACGGGAGGAGAAACGUCGGUCCUACGACAAAACAGCACCUUUGCGCACGCCCGCCAUGGCCGGUGGUUUAUUUGCCAUUGACAAGCAAUAUUUUUUUGAGGUUGGCACCUACGACGAGGGAAUGGAUAUCUGGGGUAGCGAGAAUCUUGAGAUGUCGCUUAGAAUAUGGCAAUGCGGAGGCAUUUUAGAGCAACUUCCUUGCUCACACGUGGGCCAUGUAUUCCGUAUAUCGACGCCGCACACCUUUCCCGGCGGCUUAUCCAAAACCUUGCUCCGAAAUGCGGCACGCGUCGCGGAGGUCUGGCUGGAUGAGUGGCGUGAGUUCUUUUAUGCAAUGUACCCGGACGCACGCAAAGAUACUGCCGGCGAUGUCCGUGAUCGCAUUUUGCUACGCAAACGUCUUAACUGCAAGAAUUUCGAGUGGUAUCUGGAGCAUAUCUAUCCGGAGAGUAUAAUACCACUCCAUUAUUACUAUCUGGGUGAGAUAUGUGACGUGGAAGCUGACACCUGUCUCGACACCAUGGGUCGCCAGGAAAACCAGAAGGUGGGUAUUAGCCACCGCCACGGUCUGGGGGGCAAUCAGAUAUUUGCGUACACCACAGAUCAGCAAAUAAUGUUCGAUGAGUUGUGCCUGCACGCGGCUAGAACUCGUGGGCCAGUUACCCUGGUGCACUGCAGCAACACGGAAAAUAACCAGAUGUGGGCCUACGACAAGGAGAAAAAAUGGAUUCGCCACAAAAGAACAGGGCAGUGCUUACAAAGCGCUUCACACAAAGACCCCAGCACGCCGUUGCUGCGCCCAUGUAAUAACCAAAAGAGGCAGCAAUGGCUUAUGGAGUCCAAGUGGAAGGCGCCCUAAAUGAGCUAAAUAUUCAUU